CGUGUGCUACCGCCGAUUUCUCGGCCAGAAGACCAACCGAAGCGGCAACAGAAAGCGCAUUCGUCGUUCAAACCAUAAAGUCAGUUUUGAGUUCGACGCGAUAUUUUCGAAAAUGUCGAAAUUUGUCCUGCUGUUUGUUUGUGUCGCGCUUUUGCAAAUCGCUUCAGCACUGAAAUGCUAUUCGUGCGAGAAUGACCUUUGCGCGAAGGAGAUGAGCGCUUGGAACAAGGUGGAGGCCUGCGGGAAUACCGUAAGCAGUAACCAGGUUGGAGCUUGCCUCAAAACAGUGUGGACAGACAACAACAGCAAAAAGGAAAUGACCAGCAGGAGAUGCAUCAUCGCCGAUAAAGACGGCGACAAAGUCAAAUACACGUGUAGAGAAGACAAGGGCAAGGUGUCAGUCUGCGACGUCUGUGUAACCGACUGGUGUAACUCAGCUCCAGCAGUCAGCUUCAGUGUUCUAGCCUUCUCUGGAGUGCUGUUAGCGUACUUAAUUCCAAAACUCAUGUAAAUCGUUUUCGAAAAAACUUCUAGAGUUUUUCGUUUAUGUGUGAAUUAAAAAAAAAAGUAAUAGUGUGGAAAGGUUCUAGUAUCUGCACGCGAUCUGAUUAUCAUUUAAUAUUCCACUGUUUUGUUAAGAAAAUGUUUAAAGGAUAAUUAUAAUUUAUUUGUAGGUUAACGGUAGGAAGUUUUAAUUUUACAUUUGUAUAUUUUCAAAAUAAAGUUUAGAGUAAA